AUGGCCGAUCAAAAUGGGGACAACGAAGGAGUCAUUGUGAUUCCCAAUGAGCAAAACGAUCUCUGGACAGGAAAAACUCACAAUGAAACUCUAAGCAUAGGUAUCGAAUAUGCUAAGAACUGGAACCUGAUAGAUGCAUUUCGUGAAUUGCUUCUGAAUUGGAUGUUUGGAACUUUGCAAUUAUCAGAGCCAACUAUCUCGGAAAGCUCUAAAAAUGGGUUGGACAGACAAAGACUUGAAAGAAAAUCUUUCAGGAAAUUAUCAAAUAAGAAUACCGCUUCAGGAUAUUAUUGGCGUUUAAAAUGGAAAACAAACGACAAAACAGUAGUAGAUUGUGGAAUAAGCAAGGUCGACGCGAAGGAUGGAGACAAGGACUUGCCACAGAACCCAGAUGAAACUCAAUUCAGACUUCCGAAUCCUUCGCAGGAUGUCUCUGUCAAGAUAGGCACUGUCUAUGGUACUUCUGGAAGUCCGCUGACCGAGAUACAUACAAAGCAAUGGUUGGAAACCUACCUUUACUUCAAUUGCUCUGGGCCCAAGGAAAUUAUCCAGACAAAGUAUGGUGCUGUCAUCUUGAGACAGACUUGA